AUGACGCCACCGGCCCCCGCCGGGUCCCCGUUCAACCCCACAAUCACCGCACCCGCGACCGAAGACUGCGGCGAACCACCGGCCAAGCGGAGAAAGACGCAGGCUUGUUCACGGUGUCGUCGGCGAAAGCAAAAAUGCGAUGAUCAGAGACCCUGCGCCAACCGCGCCAGGUCGGGAGAGCGAUGCAACGAGGCGGUGCUCCCGUCGUCCUAUCAAACCGGGCCCCCGGGCCCCGGGUUCCCUCCGCUGAGUUCAGAUCAUCAUCUUCUUCACCAUCCCGCGACGCACACACCCCUAGCAAGGCUGGGUGACAUCGCGUUGUUGGAGGAGCGCAUAUCGCGUCUCGAAGAGACCGACGCUCGUCUUCAGGUGGUCGUCGAUAAUCGGAACAAUCAUGUCCAACACAGCUAUGUGCAAGAGCCGUCGCUACCAUCAUCGUUGUCUCGCGCGCAUGAAGCGUCUCAUCCACAUCACCACGCAGACAAACACCAUCACCACCGACGCAGAGUCUCAUUCGCAUCAGGGCCGGGAAUCGGACCAGAAGCUUCUCUCUCAAGGAGCUCGCCCGCCAUCGGCCUCUUGGCUACCAUUGCUCGCUCAGAGGAAGACAACCCACCACCACAAGCACUACCUAAUCCAUCAGUCCACGAUGGCGGCAACACAGCACGUAGACCCGACCAGCAGAUCCCCCUCGACACCGCAACAGAAACCUCCCUCUUCGACGAGACCAAAGUCCACUGCCGCUACCCCUUCCUCCGCCUCGACGACUUCCGCAACCCAGCAAGCCGGCCGAGAAAAGCAUGGGCAUCCUACCUCACUAACAUGAUCUUCUCCAUAGGCCUCCUCCUCGAGAAAACCUUCCCGUCAUCAUGUCCAUCAGGAAAGCCCGUCUCCUAG